AUGGCAGGCUAUCGGGUCAUUCCCAUGGCAGGCUACCGGGUCAUUCCCAUGGCAGGCUACCGGGUCAUUCCCAUGGCAGGCUACCGGGUCAUUCCCAUGGCAGGCUACCGGGUCAUUCCCAUGGCAGGCUACCGGGUCAUUCCCAUGGCAGGCUACCGGGUCAUUCCCAUGGCAGGCUACCGGGUCAUUCCCAUGGCAGGCUACCGGGUCAUUCCCAUGGCAGGCUACCGGGUCAUUCCCAUGGCAGGCUACCGGGUCAUUCCCAUGGCAGGCUAUCGGGUCAUUCCCAUGGCAGGCUACCGGGUCAUUCCCAUGGCAGGCUACCGGGUCAUUCCCAUGGCAGGCUAUCGGGUCAUUCCCAUGGCAGGCUAUCGGGUCAUUCCCAUGGCAGGCUAUCGGGUCAUUCCCAUGGCAGGCUACCGGGUCAUUCCCAUGGCAGGCUACCGGGUCAAUCCCAUGGCAGGCUAUCGGGUCAUUCCCAUGGCAGGCUAUCGGGUCAUUCCCAUGGCAGGCUAUCGGGUCAUUCCCAUGGCAGGCUACCGGGUCAUUCCCAUGGCCGGAUAUCUCCCAGAUAUUCCUCUUCUACGCCCUUCUCUGUGUCGUUGGGAAUGA